AUGCCAUCCGUGUCACAUGGAGCCAUCCUGUCCGCUGUGGCCGGCAUGCUGGUUAUGGAUGGUGGCUCCAACAUGGUUGCCGAACUUCUCGGGCAGCCCUUUGCACACGCGGCAUGGGGCUGGAUGGGCCCAGCGCCAUCACCGCCGAUGACGCCCACUCCAACCCCUAUGCCGUCUCCUCCUCCGCCGAGCCCGCCCCCUCCACCCCCUCCGCCACCCCCGCCUACCUGCGGCACCUGGACGGCUUGGGGUUCUUGCUCUGUGACUUGUGGGACGGGGACGCGCAUGCGAUCUCGAAGUGGUGGCUGUUCACCUUUCUCGGAAUCUGAGUCCUGCAACGCAGGGGUCUGCAUUUGUGAGGAGUGGACACAGUGGGGCACAUGCUCGGCCACCUGUGGUGGUGGUGCUCGCUCGAGGUCACGGACAGGUGCUUGCCAAUCCUUCACAGAGUCCGGGGCUUGUAGCCAGACAGCCUGCCCUGUUCCGACCCCACCUCCGCCUACUUGCAGUGGGUGGGGUCAGUGGUCGGCUUGCAGCGUGAGUUGUGGCGGCGGGACACGCUCUCGGACGCGUUCGGGAUCAGGUUGCACCUCCACGCAGCAGUCCGAAGCCUGUAGCACGGAGGCCUGCCCCAACACACCAUCCUCGGUCCAAUGCGGCACGUGGCAGCCUUGGAGCCCGUGCACCGCCACUUGCGGAGCUGCGAGCCGGAUGCGGAGCCGUGGCGGUGAGUGCCAGCCCUUUGUCGAGUCAGAAGACUGCGGUCUUCCCACCUGCCCAGCGCCCACGCCCCGACCAUCUCCCACACCCACGCCAACACCCACGCCAGCACCCACGCCCACGCCAUCCCCCACGACCACCACGACCUCCACCAGCACCACCACAACAGCAUCCACGUCGACGCCCAGCCCGAGCCCAACUCCAAGCCCGAGCCCCUCUCCAUCAGGCUCCAUCAGUCCAAGAGCUUCCGUGGUGGAGGUCAGGGUCCGCAUUUCCGCAGACUUUGCCGAAGCCAGCCGUGAUCUUGAUGGGUUUCGGUCGGGCUUCAGAAAGGGCGUUGCUGACGCCGGUGGCAUUUCUGAAGAUCGCGUCAUCGUGCGAGAGAUCUCUCAGGGAUCCAUCGUCGUGGACUUCGUCGUCGUUGGCGCAAGGACUCCCGAUGAAUCAGCGGCGUCCAUGGCCGUGCAGGAAGUGGAAAACAAAAUGCGGGAUGCGACUUACAGCUGGCCGUCCGCCAUCCAGACCGUCAUGGCCUCCGGUGUCACGGUGGAGUCCCGUGCCACGCGAGACAUGGAUCAGGAACAGUUGGAUGUCAUGGCGAUGCAGACGAGUGGAACAGUCUUCAUGACUCCACUGGACGGCUACCGAGCGCCUGCCGACUGCUCCUGCGUCGAAGGUGCUGGCGUCACCGCAGGUUGCGCGAAGCACAAGGGCCUUUCGCCACCGUGGUGCCUCGUGGCCUUUGACUGUUCGGCACGCAUGGAGGGGGCCCAGGGUGCCUGGGCCUGGUGUGUCGCAAGCGACGGCGCUCCUCAGGACAAGAAGCUUGGUGUGACUUCGCUCGUGCAGUCCAGCGACAGCCUGGGCGGUGGUGCGUUGCUUCCCGUGGCUGUGCUCCUGGCCUACAGACUCCUCUGA